UGCGUGGUGACGCAGGGAGUAGUGGCGGCUGCUAGAAUGGCGGAUCCGUCUACACAGGCCUCCUUGCAACCCCGGCCUCAACAGACUCAGUCCAGCGGGACAACUGGGUCGAAUUCGAUGCCUGGAUCCGCAAAUUGUGAUCCGGCCAGGCCCGGUCUUAGCCAACAACAACGGGCCAGUCAGAAGAAAGCGCAAGUUCGAGCAUUUCCACGGGCGAAAAAGCUUGAGAAACUCGGAGUCUUCUCAGCUUGUAAGGCUAAUGACUCAUGCAAGUGCAAUGGCUGGAAGAACCCUCAUCCACCCACCGCCACCCGCAUGGACCUCCAACAGCAAGCGGCAAGCCUGAGUGAACCAUGCCGCAGCUGUGGCCACGCUCUGGCGGACCACGUUUCCCACUUGGAGAAUGUGUCGGAGGAGGAAAUUAACCGUCUGCUGGGCAUGGUUGUGGAUGUGGAGAAUCUUUUCAUGUCCGUCCAUAAGGAGGAGGACACUGACACCAAGCAGGUCUACUUCUACCUCUUCAAGCUGCUCAGGAAAUGCAUCCUGCAGAUGAGCCAGCCCAUCGUGGAGGGGUCCCUGGGUAGUCCCCCCUUUGAGAAGCCCAAUAUCGAGCAGGGAGUGCUGAACUUCGUCCAGUACAAGUUCAGCCACCUGCCGCCCAAAGAGAGGCAGACGAUGUUCGAGCUGUCCAAAAUGUUCCUCCUCUGCCUCAACUACUGGAAGCUGGAGACGCCCACGCAGUUCCGCCAGCGAUCCCAGAAGGACGACGGCACGGCCUACAAAGUGGACUACACCAGGUGGCUGUGCUACUGCCACGUGCCCCAGAGCAACGACAGCCUGCCCCGGUAUGAGACCACGCACGUGUUUGGACGCAGCCUCCUCAAGUCCAUCUUCACCGUCACACGCCGGCAGCUGCUGGAGAAGUUCCGUGUGGAGAAAGACAAGCUUCUCCCCGAGAAACGCACCCUCAUACUCACGCACUUCCCCAAGUUCCUCUCCAUGCUGGAGGAGGAGAUAUAUGGGGAGAACUCACCCAUCUGGGAGGCAGACUUCACCAUGCCAGCUUCUGAGGGAGCUCAGCUCGGACAUCCCACGGCAGUGAUCAGCCCAGCCGCUGUUUCCAGCACUCCUUCUUUCUCCAAGAGCAACAGCUGCAGCACCUCCCUGGGCACCAUGAGUCUGGACGCUGUGGUGGCAGAGCCCAAGACAGGAGAGAAAAGGAAGCUUCCGGAAGCUCUGACGCUGGAAGAUGCCAAGAGGAUCCGGGUCAUGGGGGACAUCCCCAUGGAGCUGGUGAAUGAGGUCAUGAUGACCAUCACUGACCCUGCUGCCAUGCUGGGCCCUGAGACCAGUUUGCUGUCGGCCAAUGCCGCACGGGAUGAGACGGCAAGGCUGGAGGAGAGGCGCGGAAUCAUCGAAUUCCACGUCAUUGGGAACUCGCUCUCACAAAAAUCCAAUAAGAAGAUCCUGAUGUGGCUGGUGGGCUUGCAAAAUGUCUUCUCCCACCAGCUGCCCCGCAUGCCUAAGGAGUACAUCACCCGUCUGGUGUUUGAUCCGAAGCACAAGACCCUGGCCUUAAUUAAGGAUGGCCGUGUCAUAGGAGGGAUCUGCUUCAGGAUGUUCCCCACUCAAGGCUUCACGGAGAUCGUCUUCUGUGCAGUAACCUCCAACGAGCAGGUUAAGGGCUACGGAACCCACCUGAUGAACCACUUGAAGGAGUACCACAUCAAACACAGCAUCCUGUACUUCCUCACCUACGCCGAUGAGUACGCCAUCGGCUACUUCAAGAAGCAGGGUUUUUCCAAAGAUAUCAAAGUGCCAAAGAGCCGCUACCUGGGGUACAUCAAGGACUACGAAGGGGCGACCCUCAUGGAGUGCGAGCUCAAUCCCAGAAUACCCUACACGGAACUCUCUCACAUCAUCAAGAGGCAGAAGGAGAUCAUCAAGAAGCUGAUUGAGCGGAAGCAGUCUCAGAUCAGGAAGGUGUAUCCAGGCCUGACCUGUUUCAAAGAGGGAGUGCGGCAGAUCCCUGUGGAGAGCAUACCUGGCAUCCGAGAGACCGGAUGGAAACCUAGCGGGAAGGAGAAAUGCAAAGAGUUGAAAGAUCCUGACCUUUUAUACAACAUGCUGAAGAACCUGCUCGCCCAAAUUAAGACACACCCAGACGCCUGGCCUUUCAUGGAGCCCGUGAAGAAAGCAGAGGCCCACGAUUACUAUGAAAUAAUUCGCUUUCCCAUUGAUUUGAGGACCAUGACCGAGCGGCUGAAGAACCGCUACUAUGUGACCAAGAAGCUUUUCAUCGCCGACCUGCAGCGCAUCAUCACCAACUGCCGCGAGUACAACCCUCCGGACAGCGAGUACUGCAGGUGCGCCAACACCCUGGAGAAGUUCUUUUACUUCAAGCUGAAGGAGGGCGGGCUGAUCGACAAGUGAGGCCCUUUCACCGCCUGUGAAAGAGCGGGGGAAGACAAGCAGGAGGAGGCUGGGUCCAAGAUCAUUUAGUUUACCGAACCCGUUAGGUUCCGCUGAAUGAGCUGUAGGGGGAGGAAGAAAAAAAUAAAACGUGACUAUCAAAAGGAACGACAUCCUUUCGUUUUGUCUGACCGAUGGGCAUUUGAAUCUGUAAAAAAGACACGGUUGUUUUUAUUUGGUUUGAGUGACCUAAAUAACAAAAGACUGUUGUGCUUCCCCGCCCCUUCCUACGCCAUUUGUUUGCACCUCCAGUAUAGGUAAACACGCAUUGUUUUGCAUUGCGACAUGUUGUUAUUCUAAUGUUUACCCCCAUUGACACGGUGAUGAACCUUGCGUCUGGCACCUGUUUUGUGUCAGUUAAAGGUUAAUCCUCUUGUCAUCAGUGACAAAUGCAUCGACUACCACUGACUUUGGAGCCUGGGACUCAAGUCAUUUAGAAACAGGGUUGUGUGAAAUGGGAUACGUGUACAUACUCGAUGCAUAAUGCAAAGAGCCGUUACUUGAAAUGUAGCUGCUGUCAGCCUGUAUGUAUGCAUACUGUAGAUACCUACACGAACAGGCUGGAUGUGCUUGAUUCAGUAAUGCUUUAGGUGGUAUUCUUGUAGUGUUGAGAACAAAGGUCUACUCUAGCAGAGGAUGCAAGAAGUCUUUGUAUCGUUCUGCAUCGCGCCUUGGCUGGUGGAGUUUGAACUCAUCAAAAACAAAACUUUCUUCUUUUUACACCACGUUGUGCCCUGUUAUGUAGGACCAGAUUUUAUCACAUGCAGCAUUGCGAAAUUGUGACGAAUGAGCCAGUUGGAUUAUUAUUAUUUUUAUUAUUAUUAUUAUCUUUUGAUCUGUUCAAAUCCUUGGUUGUCUGAUUUUGCUUUGUCAAGGACAGAAAGCAAUUAUGUUGCAAUCAGGACUACUGAGGAACGAAAAUAAGAAUUUUUCAGUAAACUUGUUUCACGCUAAUGUAUUGACUUUAAAAUCAUUACAGGUAUUUACAAGAUGCAACAUAAACUGUAAAACAUAAUUAGUAUUCAAAACCCUCUUGGACCUUCAGUCCUUCCGUUAUGUUUUCAAUUCUGUAUUUUGUUCAAGGACCACUCUUCCCUCUGAAUGGCUGUUUGUGCAGUUGUGAAUUGGUUUUGCAGUGUCCGUAAAGGUUUAAAAAGAACAUGUACUGUGGGGUUUUUUCCGACCAGUUAAAUGGCCUUUCCCUUGGAUGUGCGCAGAUCCAUAUUGAUUUUGUUUCUGUAUUUACAAUGUGUUACAGUUAUUGUGUUGUUGCGAGUGUGCAUUGGUUACAAAACCAAGGUUUCUUUUUAAACACAGCCUAAAAUAGGUUGGGUACUUUCACACAAUGUUCAUUUGACACCAGGACUGAUUUGCCACUGAAAGGUUCAACCCCCACCAUUACUCUGAAUUAUACAGUAAGCGCAACUUCCGACCUCUUCCAGUGGCCAUUGUGUCGGGAUGAAAACAGAAACGAAAGCUUAGCUAUAAUUCCCCACUCGACGGUGAACCGCAAUCGUGUUUCGUAAUGCAUGCCGUUAUCCAUGAAAGCGGUAGGUAUCAGCAUGUCAUAAAUGGUUAUAUCGUUGUUGUGUUAUAACUGCCAGUCAGCUUCACAGAAUUGCAUUUGCUGUUAUUUCUGAUAUGUAAACAAAUAUUUAUCUAUUUUUAGUUUGGUCAAAUAAUGUGUUGGGUAUUACACUUGGUUAUUUUUUUUAUUUUUAUUUUUUAAUUUUUUUUUUUUUUAUAUUCCAGCUGUAUUUUGGGCCCUUCUAUUGUGUACUUGAUUGGGGAAGGGCUUUUAGAUGCUACAGUGACAUUGGAGUUGUUAUCCAAGGCUUCAUUGUCAAUGAACUUUGCUUUCACACCUUUGUCCCAUGCCUCAUUUACGCACAGGUGAAGUUGGGGCCAUUUUGGGGCCGGGAAGGUUGUUUUUUUUUUUUUUUGUUUUUUUUUUUGAGCUGCUCAUGAACCAUUGGAAAAGUGUCACAUCUUAUUAAGGAUUCAAAUAAAAAUGUUUUUGUACGAAA